CGCUCGAUGCCAGUGCUGUUGCGCAAAACCAGUGCCAAGGCAUCUUUUCCGGCAUCUCUCUCAUCCAGUCAGUCAUCCAGCCACCAACUGAGCGCGGCGAUCAUCAAAUCAGGCGCAACCAACCAAACAACCAACCAACCAACCAAAACGAUGUCUGGCCGUGGCAAGGGAGGCAAAGUCCGGGGAAAGCCGAAAUCCCGCUCCGUACGCGCUGGGUUGCAGUUCCCGGUUGGUCGCAUCCACCGUCUGCUCCGGAAGGGUCACUACGCCGAACGUGUGGGUGCCGGUGCCCCGGUCUAUCUGGCCGCCGUGAUGGAGUACCUGGCAGCGGAAGUGCUCGAGCUAGCAGGAAAUGCCGCUCGCGAUAACAAAAAAACUCGCAUCAUUCCCCGCCAUCUGCAGCUGGCUAUCCGUAACGAUGAGGAGUUGAACAAGCUGCUUGCUGGCGUAACUAUCGCCCAAGGUGGCGUCUUGCCCAACAUACAGGCGGUUCUGCUGCCGAAGAGGACCGAGAAGAAGUCGGCCGCCACCACCUGAACACAACAGCCCAAA